AUGGCAAUGGACGACGAGUAUGCGUAUAUUAAUCCUGAACGGACGAGAACACUACUGGAGACACCCUCAGGCUUCGCCCUGUUUGAUGUUGAUGAUGAUGCACUCAAAGAAGCUGAUGAUACCUGGGUGUAUUUUAGGGAUGUAGAUACUGCAAAAAAUGUUAUGUUUACCCUUGGCUUUGUGAAGUUUGAUGACAAAACUACUGCUUGGGAUGGUCAGACAGGUCCUAGCAAUGAACUCAUCCGUCUAAUUCGAAGAUACUGCAAGGGUAGAAAGCAUCUUAUUGUUCAAAGUGCUGAUAUUAAAGUCAUUAUUGAGGAAAAGCUGAAUGUCAAAUGUUCAUACGACAAAAAUGUUGUUGAUGAACUCGUUUGGGGGAUGAAGAAUGUCCUUCGUGAGUUUAUUCUCCAAGAAAAGUACAACGUAACACGGGAGUACCGGUGUCUCCCGGUGAGCAAGGGAUUGAAACAGUGUUUAAAAGAUCAUUUGAUCAAUUUGUCUACAACAGAGCUUGAUGCAAAUUUCAUACCAAAAAUUGGCUUAUUACACUAUCUCAACAUAACUUUAAAGCAAGUUCCCAGGAUGUUGAGGGAGUCAUAUGGUGACCAUGUUUGUAGAAUUGGUGAACAUAUUAAAAGUAACUCGAUGUAUGCCAGAGUCCUUGCAAGAAUUCUUGUCCCUGAGUUGGCACCAGAAUAUGAUUUCUGUAAGAUGUUGUCACCUGACUUAGCACUGAAGAUCCAAGAAGCAGAUAAAUCUGCAACUAAAUAUCGAGAUGAACAGCUUACCAUGCAUGACAGGGAAAUUAUUAUGGGAGCUCUUAGUAUCCUGUUGUCAGUUCCAAAACAAAGAGAUGACAUUAUGAUCUGUGUCAAGCUUAUGGAAGCAGAAAUGUGUACAAGAUUGAUGCUUCUUGAAGAUCCACAUGAAAAAUUUGUAAGGGUACCUACAAAUUUGAAGCACUCAACUUUUAGGAGGACACUCCUCGAGACUCCUUCAGGUUUUGCUAUUUUUGAUGUUAACGAGGAUGUGUUUAGAUGGCCUCGGCAUAUGUGGGUACGGUUUAUCGAUGCAAGGGAAGCACGUCAGGUUGUCUUAGCCCUCGGUUUCGUAAAUGUUAAAGACAAUUCUAUUGCUCAGAACAGUUAUGAUGGUCCUGGCCAGGAGCUGAGUAGCCUUAUUCUAAAUCUGUGUGGACAUGAUACUAAAUUGAUUGUUCAAGAUGAUGCUCAUAGAGGAAAAACUUGUUAG